UCGGCGUUUCAUCAAACAAUACGAACGUACUUAAAAGAUAAAGUAUGGCAAUUUUAUUUUUACAUCUCUAAGGCGUGGCCAGAGGACCCAAUUUGUUUACAUUUUCCUGGAUGCACAUUCACACCUUUCAGCAAAACUUAUGAGAGUGUUGGUAUUUUUUGUCCUCCUGACCAGCUCGACAAAAUGUCUUUAAUAGAAAAUGAAGAUAUUCUGUUUUCAUGGACGGAACCUAUUUAUAUGAACUUUACGCAUGUCGGUAUAAUGAACAAAAUGGAUCAAAUAUUCCACUCAAAAGUAAAUGGAGGACUUAUUGGAAACAUUUAUGGCGAUAUCUAUGUUCAUGAAUUUCCAGGAGAAUUAGAAUUAGAAUUAGAGACUUUACCACCAAGUGAAGCUUCAAUGAAACCUUUGCAGAUUGAUAAUGUCAAAGACAUUUAUGAUUUAUACCCUGCAAACGAUAUCGAAAGUAUCGAGCUGUUUGAAAAACUAUUCAAUCAGCUUCCCGGAUUUGGGAUAUUCAGUAGGAACAAUAGUGAGUUAGCUGCCUGGAGCUUACAAUCAUAUUAUGGUGGAAUGUUUUCAAUGCAAACUAAACCAGAAUUUCGAAGAAAAGGGUAUGGCAUUCAGUUGGCUCAAUCCUUGACAAAACUAGUCAUUCAUAGAGGAUAUCUCCCAUUUGUUGUGAUUAGACCAGAAAAUAAUGCUUCACGAAGCCUUUACACUAAAUUAGGGUUUCGAAAAGCAUUCGAGACUGUAAGGGGAGUUUUUAAACCAAAUACUAGCAGCGUUGAAGAUGAUAAGGAGAAUGAAGAGAAAUUCAAUCAAUGUGACCGAGACAGAAACAAAAACUGAAUUUGUUUUAUACAAAAAGUCGUCUACAGCACACGUAAUUUCAAUAGCUAGUGUUUUUAAAUGCAAUCAAUAAACAAUUCGCUUUGUAAAUGAG